UCAGAGUGGGGUUUUCUACGACUGAAGGUGGCCAUAUUUUCUGCCACCUGGGUUUUGCUUGAACCAGCUGUAUUUUAGUACGACGCUAAAUUAUUUAGUAAGAUACCCUUUAUUUAAGGUUGAUUACAUCAUGCCUUAUUAUCAGACGUGGGAAGAGUUUGCGCGAGCUGCAGAAAAGCUUUACCUGACGGAUCCAAUGAAGGUCAGAGUGGUUCUGAAAUAUCGACACUGUGAUGGAAAUCUCUGUCUGAAAGUCACAGAUGAUGCUGUGUGUCUGCAGUACAAAACCGACCAAGCCCAAGAUGUAAAGAAGAUCGAGAAACUGCAUGGGAAACUGAUGAGAUUAAUGGUCUCCAAAGAGUCCCACAGUGGGGCCAUGGAGACGGACUGAACAUAUCGAAGGACCUGUUGAGAUUGGACAGUUGUUUGUUUCUCAGUCCUACUGGCAGUGAAGAGACAUGGAUCUGCAGGAGGAUGGAGAUGAAGUUUGGUUGAUGUUUAUUGACUGUUUACUGAGAAUGUUCAAGAUUUUGCUCGUUUGGAGAGCAAGCAGUGAGAACAUCCUACAAGAGGCUGAUUUCUGUGUUCCUGUUUGGAGGUCGGACUAUGUCAUAAUGAUCAAACAGCUGUUUUCAUUUGGUCUGCCUAUUAUUUAACAUUUGGAAAUAGUAUGUUUUAACUGCUACAACAUCAAGAGACUACAGUUUGAAGCAGGACCUUCUUAAUUUUAUAGAUUAGAAUAAAAUCCCAGUCCUGAAGUUUAUCUAUGCAUGAUGUACAAUGAACCUAAAUAAAUUGUUUUUUUUUCUUCAUA